AUGGCAGACUCGUGCCCCUGCAGCAACUGUGCAGAUGCUGAGGACUGCAGCUCCGGAUCGAACCUGAGCCUCUCUGUGGGCUACUACCCCGACGAGGACUCCUUCUCCUGUGAAGAUACAUCUCCCAGUGGGCCCUCAAGCCAUUUGGUCUCUCCUUUCCAAGGGUCACAGAAGACUGAAAGUAUAGGGGGACUCCUGGGGAGACAAAGCCAAAUUCAGGAUGACCCAGAGCAGUUUUGCAAACUCAGCAUCACCCUGGCCUGGGAUGUUGAUACGGGCUGUAACCAUUCAGAUUCAGUCAUUAGUUGGGAUCUACAUGGAGAUAACCAGUGGACAGACAAGUACCCCCAAGAAAAGGCACAACUGACUCUCAGCAAACUGGAUGGGUUUGUGAAAAAGCUUGAGCAAUUUCUAGAAAAACAGAAAGAUGAUGAAGAUGAUAAGUCUAUGUUCCCUGAAUCUGCUCAAAAGUUAGAUUUCCAGCUGUCCAGCUGCACCCGUCCAGAUGUGGCUCAGGCCAGUCAUCAAGGACAUGAUACUUGUCACGACUUGCCCAUGUUCCACCCACCACAAAAUGAAGACGUCAUCCAGUUUCCACAGAUUCCUUUAAGGCCUCAGGAACAUGAACUUGCUGAAGUGAGUACAGAGGGGCCUCCCAGGCAAGCAGGGGGCAGGCCUGGUAGAGGGGCUGGGGUGAAACGCAGAGAGCAUUGCUACCUGCUGUGCAGCAGGACAGUAAGACAGGCAACUGGCAGACAAAGAACAAGUACUAAAAAGAUCUCCCCAAUCUCAUCAGAUCAGCCGGAGGAGGAGGACACUCAUUCCAGCACACAAGCCCUCUCCUUUCUCAAGUUCAGGCGGGUCUUCCGCUGGCUAAGGCAGCAAGUCCUCUCCUCCUUUGGGGGAAGAGAGCAUCCCAAGAAGGCCACCAAGUACCCCCUUCAGCUGACACAAAAGAAAAGACUCUCUCUCGAAAGCAAGGGAAUCCAACUUCAAGAAUACAUCGAAUAA